UGGUCAUUUGCUGCCUAGCGCGUGUUGCUAUGGUUUUUGACUUGUAACUGUUCCGUCAUUUGUUUAUUUUACAUUGGCAUAUAUGUCAAAAAUCUGAAAUUAUAAAAAGAGAUCAGUGUGGUUGCUCGCGCUGUCCUGUUUUGUGUUUCAGUAUGAGGACUCACUCACUUUGUCUAUUGCUCAUUAUACUUUACAUCAAAUAUUGAUUUAAUCUUUUCAUUUUAACACAGAGAAUGACUUUUGGUAUUUUAUACUGACAAGUUAGGUUUUCACAAUAGUUCUGUCCAAACGAGUUCAGAAGUUAUCAAAUAAUGACGUCACGUUCGUGUAUCCAAUUGAGAGAAUAAUCUCGCUAUUUGGGGGAAAAAUUCGUCCGGUUUGGCUAAAUUUUGGGGAAACCGCGAUGAAAAUCCCUUAGUCAUACUAAUUCCGCCAGAAAUACUGUAAGAAAUAGGCGAUUCUGUCAAUCAGUUAGUUUCAAGUCGAUUUGUAUAAAAAAUAGGGUUACGAGUUACUUAUUGGAUAUGCCAGGGGCAUAAAUGUCAACGUUGAACUAAUAUAAUACUGACGAUUGCUGACGAUCAAAUUAAGAAGUAUCUGUAACUUUCCAUUGGUCAUAAUACUUGUAUUUGUUCUUACAUGUGAUACUAAUUUGUUUAAACCUUUUUUGAUGUUAUCUGUUCUUCAAAUGGUUCUAGAUGGAAUAAAAACUUUCGCUUAAAGGGCUUCCGUAUCUGGUAGCAUUCGCAAAUGAUUCAAUAAACCCACUUAUUUUUGGGUUAUUAGAAAGAAUGAUUUAUUAAAAUCAGUCUCUCGUCGUAUAUUUAAGCAGCUAAGUAUAUGUAACAAUAAAGUGUCCACAAAAUCUCACAUUUAGAAAUGUAGCUUGCUAGUGUUUACUUAAUAUCUUCAUUAUGACAAAUAUUCCGAGGUUUCUUCAAAAUCUUUCUUACAUUUGAGAUGCGGAAAUCAAAUGGCUCAACUUUGCUCAACUAGAUACUGGCAAGUUCAGGAGAUUAAAUAUUACGAACAUUAGAGUUAUAUGGAGCAGUACAGUAUUCUUGGUCGUAUUGGUGAAGGUGCUCAUGGAGUCGUUUUAAAAGCUAAGCAUAUUGAGAGUGGAGAACUUGUUGCUCUAAAAAAGGUUCCUUUGAGAAAACUUGCUGAUGGAAUUCCUAACACAGCACUUCGAGAAAUAAAGGCUCUCCAGUUUAUUGAGUCCAGCCCGUACGUUGUCCAUCUACGAGAAGUUUUCCCUCAUGGCACUGGUUUUGUUCUCGUCUUUGAGUACAUGGUUACGGAUCUUAGUGAGGUUAUUCGGAAUUCGGAACCUCCUCUUACUGAAGAACAGUCCAAAUGUUAUAUGCUAAUGAUACUAAGAGGAGUUGAAGUCAUGCAUGCUAAUGGAAUUAUGCACAGGGACCUUAAGCCUGCCAAUCUAUUGAUUAGUUCGGAGGGGGUCCUGAAAAUAGCUGACUUCGGUCUUGCAAGAGUUUUCGAGAAUAAUAAUGAGCGACUAUACAGUCAUCAAGUGGCUACAAGGUGGUAUCGAGCACCUGAAUUAUUAUACGGAGCUAAAAAAUACACAAAUAAUGUUGAUUUAUGGGCUAUCGGUUGUAUAUUUGGCGAAUUACUUAACAGUUCUCCAAUGUUCCCGGGAGAAAAUGAUAUUGAACAACUUUGGUUUGUUGUACGUGUUCUUGGGACUCCGAACGAAGAUAUAUGGCCCGAAGUUAAAGAACUGCCUGAUUAUAACAAGAUAAGUUUUAACCUGUGUGAAACCAUCCCGUUUGAGGAAGUUCUUCCGGAUGCAUCAGUUGAGGCCGUUGCUCUUGUUAGUAAAUUUUUAGUGUACCCACCCCAUCAAAGAAUUACGGUAUCCGAAGCAUUGAAAGAUCCAUAUUUCACUACGGACCCACUGCCAGCUCAGCUUUCUGAACUUCCUGUGGUUACACCGCAUCGUAAUACCCUGCCACAUCCUCAAGAAACUUAUGAAGUUUGUCUUACAACUCCUUUGGAGUCGAUUCUUUGUAAUCAUGAAGUACUGAAGGAAGGUGUGAAAUUACUGGAUGAUGAAUUAACGAACUCCUUUGACGGUCCAACAGGUGUUACUCGGAUGUGAUCAAACUAGAUUAUUAAUAAUCCAAUGAACAGUUGUACCUCGUCUUUGUAGUACAUGUGAUUGCGUUAUUGAUGAUUUCUCAUAUGAAUCAUCCAAUAACUUCCGAUUUUUUUCUAAAAUUUCUUUAGACGUUUUUGUAAAUAUAAUUUAUUGUAUAUUUGUAG